AACGGCUUGGAGGAGAUGAAACUCAACAUCUCUUUCCCAGCCACUGGCUGUCAGAAACUUAUUGAAGUGGACGAUGAGCGCAAGCUGAGAACAUUCUAUGAGAAACGGAUGGCCACAGAGGUCGCAGCUGAUUCUCUUGGUGAGGAGUGGAAGGGAUAUGUUGUCCGUAUCAGUGGUGGCAAUGACAAACAAGGCUUCCCCAUGAAGCAAGGUGUCCUGACCCAUGGGCGUGUCCGCCUUCUGCUCAGCAAGGGCCACUCCUGCUAUCGUCCCAGAAGAACUGGAGAGAGAAAACGCAAAUCUGUCCGUGGUUGCAUUGUUGAUGCCAACCUGAGUGUUCUGAACUUGGUGAUAGUAAAAAAGGGUGAAAAGGAUAUUCCUGGGCUGACAGACACGACUGUGCCUCGGCGUCUUGGUCCCAAGAGGGCAAGCAGAAUACGGAAGCUCUUCAACCUGUCAAAGGAGGACGAUGUUCGCCAGUAUGUUGUGAGGAAGCCUCUGAACAAAGAGGGCAAGAAGCCCAGGACUACGGCUCCAAAGAUACAGCGGUUAGUGACUCCUCGCGUUCUGCAGCAUAAGCGCAGGCGCAUUGCGCUGAAGAAGCAGCGCACUCAAAAGAACAAGGAGGAAGCAGCAGAGUAUGCGAAGCUCUUGGCCAAGAGAAUGAAGGAGGCUAAGGAGAAACGCCAGGAGCAGAUUGCAAAGAGGCGCCGGCUUUCUUCCUUGAGAGCUUCUACAUCUAAGUCUGAGUCAAGUCAGAAGUAAAGAUGUACAUGAUGCUAAAAAUAAACUCUUUUUGUGGCUAACUUCCCACAUGAGACUUUCCAGUGUAUAUUGUUACUAGCCAUUUCUUAAAUAAUAGUCUAGACUAACUGCAGCAUGCAGACCAAACUGGAACAAACCUUGGUCUUGAUUAAUUUCUCUUUUGAGAAUUUGAAUUAGAUAUUCAUAACUCCAGUUAGUUUAUAACCUUGUGGGUGCAUGCAUGUUGUAAAUCCUGCCUGCAGGAAAACCCAGUAACAGCAAAAUCCUCUGUGAUGGUUCAGCAGUUCUCAGAACUAAACUUCAGCUACUCUUCAUGAACUCUGGGUCCAACUCAUCUGAUACUG